CUGGCACGCGCAAAGUGCCACAGGAUGCAGACCUCAUCAUCUCACAGGCUGUGGCAGCUGGAGAGCUUCGAAAAGUAGACGGGCCCUUCACCCUCACAUGAUACUGUACCAUAGAGUCCAUGAAUCAGUUUACCAGACCAGACAAGACGCCAGGAGCAGGCAAGAAUGUCCGACGACGAAACGGCAAAUUUGCUUCUUGUGAACCAUGCCGGAAGGACAAGGUACGCUGCGACCACGGAAUCCCCGUGUGCUCGCGCUGCUUCCAACGGGAUACGGCAACACGCUGCUUCUAUCAUCCUGCACCUUUGACGCGCAAGUCGGAGACAAAGAACUUGAGAGCGAGCCUUUCGAAUGGUGGAAAUGCACAGGAGCUACAGGACCAACAAGAAGCCACGACAGACGUGAUCGCGGUCGAAGGACCGAAUCGAGAACCGUCGCCCUUCAAAGCGUCUGCGUGUAACCCUGAGAUUGAGACACCGCUUCCUGCAGGGUAUCUGGGGCCGACCAGUUUUCUCGAUGCGUUUGCAGAGACUCGGGAUACCGACAAGCAGCCGCCCACGGCCACUCAGACCGAGGCCGCAGAAGCACUGCCCGCCCACUGGGCACACAAAGUAGCCGAGAUUCUCCGCUGGCUGAAGGAACUGCCCAUUAUCGAGCACUUGGUGCAUGAGUAUUACCGACUCAGCCAGUCCGCCGCCAUACCCGCCCCGUUUAUCCUGAACGCAUUAGCCUCCUUGUUAGGGGACACUGCUUCAGCCACGUCCGUUCUCCACAACACCAGCAAGCGCUUGGUGAUUCCACCGACAACAGAGGGUAGUGGAUUUCAUGAGCUUUUCACCGGUCGCCAUCUUCGACUCGAGAUCAUCGCCAUUAUUGGUGCCCUCGCCGGCAAAGCUAGCUGCUUCGCGCUGGCCCACGGCAAGGUGUCCAGACAUUUCGGCCCAGACUACCAGGCCCGUUUCCCUCGAAGAAUGAUGACGAUGUGUGACACGGUCCUCGAGGUCUGUCGGUUCCUUACGCCGACCAAUGAUUUGACAGUGUGGCUACAGCAUGAGAGCUUACUUCUGUCUGGCUUGCUGCAUGGUGAUACAAGCUCUGAAACAUGGCACCGACUCGGCGAACUCUCCACCACCCUCUUCGAGCUCGGUCUCCACCGCGAAUCCAACGAACUCCCCAUCUUCCUCGCCGAAACUCGACGACGAAUAUUCGCCGCCGCGUACCAGCUCGACAAGACGGUCGCCACUUUCCUCGGUCGACCCCCGCGUAUCUCCAUCCGCCACUCUGACUGCAAGCCCCCACUCGAUCUCGCGGACGAGAUCCUCACAGCCGACAGCGGACAUUUACAACUUAUCACCAAGACGCUGGACGAUAGCGGAUGGAGUCUCCAAGAGCCCCCGGUCUUCCAGCGAGCAUCCUGGAUCCGUGUACGGUUUGAGCUCGGCACCCUCCGCGAGGAGAUUCUCGAACUGUCUCUCCGCCCACCCAGCGCCGACACCGCCGCACAAUUAAGAGACAUUUCCCUCCGCUCCGAAAAGACCUGGUCCUCCCUGCCGAAACACCUACGAUCCUCUGUAGCUGCAUGGAGGGAACCGGGCAUCCUCUCCGUGAGCGCGCGCCUCAUGCUAACGGUCGCCCACCUGGCGCACCUAUACGAUGAAUUUCUCGUGCAGAGGCUGCUUCUACGCGAAGACAGUCAAGCACAGGGUGCACUGCUGAAGGUCAGCGCGCAAAUCCUCUCGACGGUGUUGACGCUAGGAACAUACGGGGAGGCGGCCACGGUGGACUUGCGCCGUGAUUUUAUUUGGGCUAUCCUACUCUACGGCUUUCCCAGCGCAAGUGUACUAGUGAAAGCACUGCAGACCCAGAGCCGAACUGACCAACCGCUUCCCUAUGUCUAUGCCGGAUCGCGAGCGGCGCUGAUCCGCGACCUCAGCGUCUUCCUGUCACAUUUGGAAUCCAUCGCGAAGACAGACAAGGUGCAUGGGCUACUGUGUGAGCGGACGAGCAAAGCACUCUUGCAGAUUUUGGACGAGGUGUUGGAAUCGGGGCUAUCCAGCGCGCCGCUCCCUCCCUCCGAACUUGGCGAUUUGUCGGAUUUGGUGUCCGAUGAUUUGGGCUUACUUGGGGAUGAGAUGGACUUCUGGGGAGGUGUGGAUCCGGGGAUUGUGUUUGAUCAGUGGCUACUGUGAUUUGGUUGGCAUGUACACUGGUGAUACCCGCCCCAGGGCUGAUUCCGAUCUCCUGCUAUCGUUGACUACGGUAUUUGCUAGUUGGCUAUAUCGACACUGUGAAUAUAUUCAGCUCUAGGUCUACCCCUCUAACAUCUUACUAUUAACCAUAACAUGUCCAGAUCCUCUACCCGAUCCAAAACACCAUGAUUAUAUACCGUCCAACCAAGACACAAUCUACACAGCCUCAUACUCCAUCGCCAAGCAAUCUCCUACCUACUUAGCCGACUGCGCAAAGAUCUUCUCCGAAGCGUGCAACGCUCCAGC